AUGACGAGGUCCUUCCUCAUCCUCGCCCUCGUGGCCAUUAUCGCCCUCUCCUUCACCCCCCAGGUUGCAGCCUUUGGCGCAGGCAACAUUCCUUCGUUCUCUUAUCUCGAGGACAAGGCGUUCCGCCAUGGCGAUAUCGAGGACAUUCUCGUCGACAUGCUCAAGGUCACUGGCAGUGGCUUCCUCAGCCGUGGAACCAAGUUUACUGGCCUGGACGUGAAGCGUGCUGUCGACGUCGGUGCGCUCAAGAAGGCCAACCUCCAGACUAUUCUCAACGUGGUUCUUGUCCUCGGCUUCCUCGCUCACGGUUACGUUACCAACGAGUUUGAGGCCACCAAGGAGCGCGUCGGCUGCUACCUCCCCGUUGAGCACAUUGACAACCCCAAGGGUUACGCCGAUGGAGAGGAUGCCAGGCAGUACGACCCCCGUCUCCGUGGCCCUAUCGACCCGAGGGAGCUCGAGAUUGACCCCCAGACGGGCAUGAAGAACUACAUUGCCAAUGAGCAGGGUGGCUGGGACACAUCCAAGGCUCUUGUCAGGCGCCUCAUGAUCCAGUGUAUCGAGCUUGGUCGCAAGUUCAAGCAGACUGGCGACAAGAACGACCAGUACGAGGCGUUCCGCCUUCUGGGCACCUUCCUCCACACACUUGAGGACUUCACCGCCCACUCCAACUACUGUGAACUGGCCCUCAUUUCCAUGGGCCACCAGAACGUGUUCCCUCACGUUGGUCAGAAUGUCAAGAUCCGCGCCCCCAACGGACGUGACGUGUACCCCCUCGUCACCGGCACGUUCGGUGGGGCCGACUUCAUUCACUCGCUUAUGGGUGAGGCGACCGACCACCUCAGCCAGGCCUCAGUCUCCGACCUCGUUUCCAAGAUCAGCCACGCCAAGACGGUUGAGGAGGUGCAGUCCUCGUCGGCCAACCGCCUGCGCACAAUGUUCUUCGACCUCCCCGGUAGCGACGGGCAGGAGCUUAAUGCCGAGAUGGAGAGAGUUCAGAACCGUGCUGCCGGCGCUCAGUCCGGUGCCGAGCAGCUGAGCCCCCAGGAUCUCUACAAGGUUCUUUGGCAGAUCCUCUCGUUCCGUGACUCGGUCAUGAAGAGUGUCGAGAGAACUAUCGACCGCAUCCCCGGUCUUAGCUCCCUCACUGAGAAGAUUAGCAACUCGGUGUCCAUCUUCGUCAUCACCACGAUGGAGCCGUUUGUCAAGCCUCUGAUUGGCAACGCUACCAACGCUCUGCAGACGUCGUCGCAGGCCGUCAUUGACUCACACGACCAGUACGAGGUUUGGAACGACUGGAACGCGUCGGACCCUACGCACUCGUUCCUCUCCAAGGACCACUUUGCCCUUCUCCUAAACCAGCCCGCUGGUGAGAUUGCCAAGAUCAUUGUCAAGUACACAGUCGAGCGUGUCGUCAGGGCAUGGGACGACCCCAAGCAGAACCCCCAGGCGAUCGCCGAGGACGUUCUCCAGGUGCUCCACCACCCCGACUUCCGCAACCCCCAGUGUGAGUGCCUCAAUCACGCCACGUUGGGUACCGCUGACCUUGCCUCAGCCCAAAUUCAGAACGAAAUGUUCAACCACAUGGGCAAGUGGCUCAACGAGCUUGGAGGCAACAAGAACCAGGCCAUCGACCGCCUUACAGCCGACAGCGUCAAGGGUGGCAAGAACAAGCGUAUCGGCGACAACUCGACCGACACUGCCCAUGUCCACAACCCUCUCCUUCCCGAUGGUGGCCUUCAGGCUGUCAUUGCCGCUCAGGGUGGCCACAUGCCCGGUGCGAGCUAUUUGAACGCCGGCCAGGACCUCGCGAGCGGCAAGAUGCCAUGGCAGCAGGGCUUCGGCUCGGGUGGCUCCAACGCGUGGCGUGGUGCCGACGAGAGCAACUUGCAGCAGCAGCCCCAGCACGGAGCUGGCGGCGGCCAACAGUUUGGCCAGGACCAGAGCUACCAGCAGCCUCAGCACCAGUUCGGCCGCGACCAGGGCUUCCAGCAGGACAACUACAGCUUUGGUGGUGGCAACGAGCAGAACCAGCAGCAGCAGUGGGGUGGCAACCAGCAGCAGCAGGGCCAGUGGGGCCAGCAGCAGCAGCAACAGCAGCAGCAGGGCCAGUGGGGUCAGCAGCGUCCCAACAACGAGGGCUUCCCUGGUGCUGGUUUCGGCCGUGAUAACAACUACCAGGGUGACAACUACCAGUUUGGCAGGUAA